AUGAAUGAAUACGAACCACUUGAAAUAAUAGGUAAAGGCUCCUUUGGCACCGUGAGGAAAGUGCGCAACAAACUUACUCAUGAAAUAGCCGUACGCAAGGAGAUUGAGUAUAAAUCAAUGAAUUCUCAUGAACGAAACCAAAUCAUUUCAGAACUACGCAUUCUUAAGGAAUUGAACAACAAAAACAUUGUUCGAUACUAUAAACACGACCACAUUAUUGCACAGAAAUGCAUUCACAUUUAUAUGGAGUAUUGCUCGGGCGGAGACUUGGCCAAAUAUAUCAAUGCUACCCGCGCACGGAAUGACGAAGUACCCGAGGAGUUCAUAUGGCAAGUAUUGGUGCAGAUGCUCUGUGCAUUAUAUCGAUGUCACUAUGGGUCAGAUGCAGAGAAAGUCAAUUUAUUUUCCCAGGGUGGAAGCAGCCUGCCAAAAAGCAAUCGAAACGGACCCAAGAUCAAUUCGGACUCAGUGAUUAUUCAUCGCGAUAUAAAACCAGAUAAUAUCUUUCUUCAAGAUAAUGUUUUCAAACUAGGAGACUUUGGUUUGGCCAAAAUGUUGACUACCCAAAACGAUUUCGCCAAAACCUAUGUAGGAACACCAUACUAUAUGUCACCCGAGGUGCUUAUGGAUGAACCUUAUUCUCCAGUUUGUGACAUUUGGUCAUUGGGUUGCGUGCUCUACGAAUUGUGUAAUUUAGUACCUCCAUUUCAAGCAAAAACUCAUUUACAACUACAAUCAAAAAUUCGACGAGGCGUGAUCCCCAACUUGGCCGAGGGUUAUUCCAUACAACUAAGAACCUUGAUCAAGGAAUGUAUAACCGUUGAUCCCGAAUUACGACCAACUUGUUACGAUUUGAUAAACACAUUAAGCGUUAAAUUCUUACGUAAAGAAAUGGAACUAAACGAAUACAAUCGGACCCUAACCCUGUUGAAGUAUGAACUAAUUAAUAAAAGCGAGGAGCUUAAGAAAAAAGAACAGUUUUUACAAGUACAAGAAUCAAAACUAAAAGAGAAGGAAUUGGGUAUUGUUCAAAUGGAAAAUAGUCUCAUUGGCGAGUUCAACCUCAAAAAACAAGCAUUGGACUUGGAAGCCAAGGAAGUGAGGUUAGGUUAUCAAAAGGAGUUCUGGACUGUGGUGGAGAAGGAAGUUGAAAAACAAUUGGAAAAACAAUCAGAAAAGCAAAUUGAAAAGAGAGUGCAAGAACGUAUAAAUUCGCGACCUAGAGGUCCUCGGCCAUUAGAUGAUAUGCGAUCAGCAAGCAGCAGCAGUGGCGAUGAUAUCGUUCUACGAAACAAAAACCUUAAUGUAGCGGCAACAUAUGGCGAGCCAAAUUUGACAGCACAAUUUGCCAGCCCAAAAUUCAGAGUCACUGAUGAAUAUGAACGACAAAGAAACACAGAAGUACGUAAAUAUCGCAUAAAUUAA